AUCCGUCUCUUGCUUCUUCCCCAUUUGCAAUCGUCGUCUCCUCUGUUCAUUCUUGUUCUGGAAACGUAACCCUAAUUCCAAGAAUCGGUAUCGGGCGGCGAAUCUUGGCGCAAAGAUGGUGCUCGCACAGCUCGGAGGGAGCAUCGCCCGGGCGUUGCAGCAGAUGAGCAACGCGACCAUCAUCGACGAGAAGGUGCUCAGCGAGUGCCUCAAUGAGAUCUCCCGCGCCCUGCUGCAGUCCGACGUGCAGUUCAAGCUGGUACGAGAUAUGCAGUCGAACAUCAAGCGGAUCGUCAACCUCGACGAGCUAGCCGCGGGUCACAACAAGCGUCGAAUUAUUCAACAGGCUGUUUUCAAUGAGCUAUGCAAGAUGUUGGAUCCUGGCAAACCUUCUUUCACUCCCAAGAAGGGAAAGACUAGUGUGGUAAUGUUCGUUGGCCUCCAAGGUUCUGGAAAGACAACAACUUGUACUAAAUAUGCAUAUUCUUAUCAAAAGAAAGGAUGGAAACCUGCAUUAGUUUGUGCUGAUACAUUUAGAGCUGGUGCUUUUGAUCAGUUAAAGCAAAACGCAACCAAAACCAAAAUCCCCUAUUAUGGAAGCUACAUGGAAUCAGAUCCUGUAAAAAUUGCUGUUGAAGGAGUUGAAACGUUUAAGAAAGAAAAUCGAGAUUUGAUCAUUGUGGACACAAGCGGGCGACACAAACAGGAGGCUGCUUUGUUUGAAGAAAUGCGUCAAGUGUCAGAAGCAACGGUACAUAUAUAUAUUGUUCUAUCCAUUUCAUAUAUACAUCUGAGUGUUGUUGCAUACAACAAAAAAUAUGCUAUGCGUCAAGUGUCAGAAGCAACGAAACCGGAUCUCAUCAUAUUUGUCAUGGACAGUAGUAUUGGUCAAGCAGCGUUUGAUCAAGCACAAGCCUUCAAACAGAGUGUAGCAGUUGGAGCUGUGAUCAUCACUAAAAUGGAUGGUCACGCAAAAGGUGGUGGUGCACUUAGUGCAGUUGCGGCCACAAAAAGCCCUGUCAUCUUUAUUGGAACUGGAGAGCACAUGGAGGAGUUUGAAGUAUUUGACGUCAAGCCAUUUGUUAGUCGCCUUUUAGGUAUGGGUGAUUGGUCUGGGUUCAUGGACAAAAUUCAUGAAGUCGUGCCUACAGAUCAACAACCUGAGCUUCUGCAGAAGCUUUCUGAAGGAAACUUUACUCUCCGUCUUAUGUACGAGCAGUUUCAGAAUAUUCUCAAAAUGGGUCCUAUUGGACAGGUCUUUUCUAUGUUGCCUGGGUUUAGCUCAGAGUUGAUGCCGAAAGGGCAUGAGAAAGAAAGUCAAGCAAAAAUCAAGCGUUACAUGACAAUGAUGGAUUCCAUGACAAAUGCAGAGUUGGAUAGCACAAAUCCGAAACUUUUCAAUGAUUCCCGCAUAAUGCGGGUUGCAAGGGGCUCGGGCCGGUCUGUCAGAGAUGUCAUGGAGAUGUUGGAGGAAUACAAGCGCCUUGCCAAAAUCUGGGGUAAGAUGAAGGGGCUUAAGAUCCCAAAGAAAGGUGAAAUGAGUGCUUUGUCACGAAAUAUGAACGCACAACACAUGAGCAAGGUCUUGCCCCCCCAAAUGUUGAAGCAGAUCGGCGGCAUGGGUGGGCUCCAGAGCCUGAUGAAGCAGAUGGGUUCCAAAGACAUGGGCGGUUUGGGCGGAAUGUUUGGAAAGGGUGACAAGUAGAGUGAAGAGCUAAAGAUCGUUUGUACAAGACAAUGCUGCAAAGGCAAUUUGAAUUCUGGUAAAGAAUUUCUAUCACCAUGCAGUGAAAGGGGAGGAAUAAUAAUGAAAUAUUAAUUUGAUGGAGAAUGUAUUAAUUAAUUAGCUACUUCUAGGUAAUCUCAAAUUGUAGAGAAAUCA